AUGCCGCCCAAGAAAAAAUACCAUCUGCUGGAGGCUCGAAAAGAAACGUUUCGUGGUGCUACCAUGCGUGGUUUAAAGGGCCGUCCAAGAAAGGUCCGGUGGCCCCAUGAAUCGCCUUCUGAGUACCACAUGGCUGAAAGUGGCUUCUACUUCACCCCAAGCACGGGCACCGAUGCUGGUGAUGCUGUGACGUGUUACAUGUGUGGGUGUGUAAUUGAUGGCUGGGACCCAGAGGAUGACCCUGUUGAAGUUCAUUAUGAGCACAAUGCGCAGUGCUCCAAGGCCAUUCUGCGCAAAGCCCCGUGGAAACUUGUUGACGAUACAGGUCAUGAUUAUUUUGAUCCAGCUCACGACCCAUAUAGCGAGAACUCUGUGCUGACAAGAUUAGAGUCUUUUUUUCAUCCGCUUUCGGAACGAGAAAAACGUAAGGUGCUGCUCAAUUCUACAGCUCUGGGUAUUAGCAUUGUGGAUUCAUUUCUAAAAACUGCAAAAUCUCUGUGGCCGCAUGACACUAAAAAGGGCUGGACCCCUAACAGUGUUAAUCUGGCAAGAGCAGGGUUUUUUUUUGAUCCAUGUGACAAUGGCGACGAGUCAGUGUGCUGUCAGUACUGCGGUCGUUCACUUGAAGACUGGGAUCCGCAGGAUAACCCUAUAGCAGAGCACAAGAAGCGGUCGCCAAAAUGUUUUAUGUUCACAUGUGCCUCAUAUGUACCAUCCUCACCAUCUGCUGAUGGACACACUACCCCAGAAGCAUCGUCAUCAAUAGGGCCUGCUGAAGAGCUUGCGGAUCCUUCCUCAGGAAGAAGGCUUCGUGCAAGACGUACAGCGUCAAAAAAACAAUCUUCAAAAUUUGUUGAAAGUGAAAUUGAAGAUGAAUUAGAAGAAGAUGACAAUGAUGACGAAUUAGAUGAAGAAGAGGACGAGGAUGAAGACGAGGAUGAAGACGAGGAUGAGGACGAGGAUGAGGCUAUCAUUGAUGAUGACGAAGAUGAGUACGAAGAUUCAGACGAUCGGUCGUCGAGAAAGCGACGCUCGAGUUCAUUUUCAGAUUUAGAAUAUGAAAAACAUACCAAGCCCAAAAAACCUCGAGCCCCACUGCCCAGUGCUCCACCAGGAGAGCCGCCAGCAACCAAAGCGUCGCUGAAAAAGUUUCGACUGUCUUCCUUAGAAAGUGAAGACGAAAGCAAUCUAUUUUCUGGGGCGACGCUACCGGACUUGGUUCCUAGUUCUGUUAAAAAAAAGCGAAUAACUAGACAAGAUGACUCUGAUAACGAGGUUUUUGGAAUGACUCCAGUAGCCCGCUUGAAAAAGUAUCGCGAGUUUUUACCCAAACCUUACGAUUCCAUGGCUUCUUCUUCUGGAAUACGUAUUGGCAAUAAUAACAUUGGAUCAGUUUCCGAAAAAAUUUCAAAGUUUGAAGAACUUUUGCCAGCUUCUCCAAGAUUGUCUGGAGGGGCACCAACAUUAAAUUCUCCACGGUUCCCUAAAAAACCACCGACAUUUUCGCCACGACUAAAAGAACAACAAAGUGCAUUGGAUAUUGUUGUUGACCGGUCACAAAGUCUCAAAGAAAGCUUGGAUCGAGCGAAAACAGCGUCAUCGGCACUUUUUGCACGAGCUUCUACAAUUCAUGGAACGCCGAUUAAACCCAUAGCAGAGAGACAAUCACGCGCAACACCGAGGAAAACCCCGUUUUCACCCAUGCCGACGAUUCCUUCUGUUCCCAUAGGACUAGCUGAUCUUAUUGGAGAUGAGAAACAGGCUGAGGAAAAGGAAAACAAUGAAGUUGAAAUUGAUGAAGAAAACAAGGUUAAACUCUUGGGAAAAAGUCACAAUGAUGAUCCUAUUCAUAAAAAUCCCGAAGUUAAUUCAACUUUUGACAAUUUACAAAGUAGUCCACCAUCGCCUAAACAACAACAGCAGCAGCCUGCACAAAGGUUUAUUAUUUCUCCCAAAAAACCUGACCGACUAUUCAGUAGCAAAACUGCAACUCCAGCCAAGCGUAAUGAAUCGCCGCAAAUAUAUCAUGAUCCGGAGGUUACUGGUGCUCGACCAUUACCGUUGCCCCCACCACAAGCACAAUCGUCUCCGAUCCUAGUGUCUUCCCCACAACGGGUAUCGUCACCACAAGUGGCACCACAAUCGCCGCUGGCUCGCGCGCAACAUGCCGACAACUGGUCGCGGCUGAGUGAAGGAACAGAAGCUGCUGCUACCAAAGAACAUGGCAAGUUUGCAUCGCCAGCCCCGUUACCAUCUUCUCCGGUUUUGGUCCCGUCUUCGCCAGCCCAGCAAAACGCAGGAAAUCCUGGACAAUCGCCGUGCCGGGACAGCCGUCAAGGCUCGCCUGCGCGGGAUGAUAUAGAGAUGGAGGAUGUGGGUAAUUACGCGGAUUCUGAGGUAGGAGAUGAUAAUGAUAACGACGAUGAUGAUUGCAUGAUUUUGGUGAGCCAUGACGGUCUUGAAAAAACAACACCUUUGAAACGCACACGUGGAGUCACACCAAAAGGUACAAAGGCAACACCAAAAACAAUAUCGGCGGUUGCAGGAACUCCACCGAGUCAAAAGUCGCGGAUAGGAACACCGGCGACUGCACCACUGUCAGCGCGCGCUCUACACCAUCUUGCCAAACACUCGCACAUGCUGGCAACGCCGUGUGGGGCGGCUGUUGGACGCGAGGCAAACGGAUGGACAGCUGCGGAUCUGGACGAGGUGUUUGAAGUGCUACGUGAAGUGGAGGGAGAGGACGUGUUUGGGACCCGUGUUGGGUCGAAAGAGGAUUGGAUUGCAGAGCAUGGGUUGCUGGAUAAGACGCUGGCCGAGGUGUUUGAGCACAUGUCGGAGGUGGCGUAUGAUGCAAUGAUGGAUAAGAGUAAUCAGUUGGUGAAUAUGUUUGCACGCGAAGCUAAGCGUGCUGAAGAUGUACUCCGCACGUUACCUGUUCGUCAUGACAAGGACGAGUAA